AUGGAACAAACAAAGGGUCAAAAUAGAACUCGAAAGAUUGAUGACGAUGACGAAGCUCUUCUCAGGGAUGCGAAAGGCAGAAAACUUGAUGAGGCACAAGAUGAGAGUCCUAAGAAAACGGAGUCGCAGCACGCAGCACGAGAGAAAGUUGACCCUCCUUAUCAACUUGGGAACGUAAAUGACAAGUAUCAUGUGGGGUGGAUUAGUGCUAUUCACCAUGAGAAUGUUGCCGCCCGGGUAUUUCUCGAUAACGAGUAUGACGGACCCUAUGAUAAAUCGCCGGCAGACAGCAACGACUACACAUUAGGCAAGAUCAAGGAGCAUAACGUCGUCGUCGCCGUCUUACCAGCAGGCGUAUACGGCGUAGCGAGUGCAGCACAAGUCGCAGCUAACAUGAUGAGGACCUUCCCCAAAAUUAAAAUUGGUUUAAUGGUGGGCAUUGGCGGCGGCGCGCCACGCCAUAAGCGUGACAUUCGUUUAGGGGAUGUCGUGGUCAGCGUUCCAGGAAAUGGGUUCGGUGGAGUGUUUCACUAUAACUUUGGGAAAUCGAUACAAGGCAAGAAGUUCCAGGAAACGAAACAUCUAAACAUGCCGCCAAGUUCGCUAUUGGCGGCAGUGAGCGCACUCAGGAGCCAGUAUACUAUAGGCGGCCAUCCGCUCAAAAAGAACAUCGACGACGUCCUCGAGAAGUACCCAGAUCUACAGGAAGAAUACAGCCGACCGGAUCCAGGGUCAGAUAUGCUCUACAAGAGCGACAUCAUCCACGCGAGUGAUGACGACGCGCCUUGUGCGAAAGUCUGCAGUCAAGAUCCGUCAUGCCUUGUACCACGACCCGAGCGGCCAAAAACAAAGGAGAUUACUAUUCACUACGGCUUAAUUGCUUCUGCCGAUAACUUACUAAAGGAUGCCCACAUCCGGGAUAAGCUUGCCACGGAAAAUGACGUUUUGUGCUUUGAGAUGGAGGCCGCAGGGCUUAUGAAUAGCUUUCCCUGCCUAGCUAUUCGUGGAAUCUGUGACUACGCAGAUACGCACAAGAACGACGAGUGGCAGGGAUACGCAGCCAUGACAGCAGCUGCGUACGCGAAGAAUCUUCUCGAACGUAUCCGUCCUGAACACGUUGAGGACGAGAGAAAUAUUUCCGAGGUCCUGUUGGACGUUCAAGAUGAUGUCCGCAAACUCGUCGAUAAACAACAUGAGCGAGAACAUCAGCACAUACUUGAUUGGCUUACUCAAGUCAACUACGCUCCUCUUCAGAGUGACUUAUUGAGGAAACGACAGGCCCAAACUGGCCAAUGGCUUUUAGAUUCCACGCCGUUUCGGGAUUGGAUUAAGGUAAAUAAGCAGACAUUGUUCUGUCCGGGAAUCCCUGGAGCUGGGAAGACUAUCCUUACUUCAGUCGUGGUGGAUUAUCUUCAAGAAAGAUUUCGAGACCAGCAAAACAUCGCCAUCACUUACAUCUACUUUCGAUACAAUGUUGAACAGACAGUUGAUGACGUACUUCUGAAUCUUCUAAAGCAGCUUGCCCAAACCCAAGGCUCUCUACCAAGUGUCGUGGGGAAACUCUACGACAAGCACAAAGAGAGACAGACACGACCGUGCUUGGACGAGACUCGGAUAGCCUUACAAGCUCUAAUUACACAGUAUCCGAGAGUCUUUAUUGUCAUCGAUGGGCUCGAUGAGUGUCGAAUAUCUUGUGGUUGUCGAAAAGAUUUCUUGGCAGAGAUGAUUGACCUGCAGGCCAACUGUGGAACGAGCGUCUUUGCUACUUCGAGAUUUCUUCCGGAUGUUACUGAAAAGUUCAAUAAAAAGAACUCUUUACACUUUAUCGGGAGCAAACAAAUCGAGAUCCGUGCAGACAUUGAAGACAUAAAGAAAUAUGUCGACGGUCACAUGCAUCAGCUUCCAAGGAUCGUUCAAAAGAGCCCACAGCUGCAACUAGAAAUCAAGACUGGAAUUGCCGAGGCUGCCGAUGGAAUGUUUCUCUUGGCCAAAAUAUAUCUUGACUUCCUCGAGGAUAAGCUGACACCAAAGGCCAUUGUCAACGCCCUAGACAAGUUCCAAAGACGAAGCCGGGGAUCAGACUCAUAUGAUAGGAGUCAGGUGCUUGCCAAUGCGUUCGAUGACGCCAUGCAGAGAGUCAAUGCCCAAAGCCCUGGCCGUCGGGAACUCGCCCUUCAGGUUCUGGGCUGGAUUACGUGCGCGAGGCGAGCGCUGACCACGUUAGAACUCCGGCACGCACUUGCAGUGGAAUUAAACCAGCCUGAAUUUGAUGAAAAUAAUCUCGCUGAUAUCCAGGACUUGGUAUCAGUUUGUGCCGGACUAGUCACCAUUGAUGAGGAAAGCAUGGCCAUCCGGUUGGUCCACUACACAUUGCAGGAAUAUUUAGAGAACACACAGGAUAAAUGGUUUCGAAAUCCACAGGCCCAAAUGGCUCUCAAGUGCGUCACUUAUCUCUCAUUUAGCGCUUUUGAGAGCGGACGUUGUCAGUGCAAAGAAGAUUUGGAGGAGAGGUUGCGGCUCCAUCCAUUUUACAGUUACGCCGCGUGUAACUGGGGGCAUCAUGCUCGCGAAGCUGAAACACCGUACGAUGACGUUGAAUAUUUUCUACGUUGUCAGAAGAAAUUAGAUGCAUCUACUCAAGCAUUAUGGUGCAACCGGCACUGGGUAGGGAUUACAUCCAUGUCCGUCGAACACAGAGAUCCACAAUCGCCGGGGCUACACAUGACAGCAUAUUUUGGCAUCUACUCAGCGGUACGGGACCAGCUUGUCAAGAACAACAUGGAUCCGAAUUCUAGAGAUACGGAGAAUCAGACGCCCCUGAGCUAUGCGGCGCAAAAUGGCCAUGUGGCCGUCGUUAAGCUGCUUCUCAACCAUGGUGCUGAUGCCAAUAAAAAUGGCCACAGUAAACUGCUCCUUAUUGCCGCUUCCCGCGGUCAUUUAGCCAUUGUCAAGCUGCUUCUCGACAAGGGCGCCAAGGUCGAUUCCAAGAAUGAAAAGGGCGAGACGCCGCUGUGGCACGCAGUGAUUGAAGGGCACAAAGCUGUCGUUGAGCUGCUUCUUGAGAAAGGCGCAAAUAUUGAGUCAAAGAAUAACUUUGGACAAACUCCGUUCAUGGCAGCUGAGAUAAUUGCAAAUGCUUCUAUGGUCAUGUUUCUUCUUGAGAAGGGCGCUGAUAUCAAUUCAAAAGAUAGGAAUAGUCGGACGCCGCUAUGGUGGGCAUCUAAGAGGCCGAGAGCAGCUAUUAUGAAGUUGCUGCUUGAGAAAGGAGCUCAUGUCGACCCACAAGAUGAUGACGAAGGCAAAACACCGCUCAUCUUGGCUGUUAUAGAAGGAGACGAGUCUAUUGUGAGCUUGCUUCUCCAAAAUGGUGCUAGCUGUACAAUAAAGGAUAAGUAUGGUCGAACACCGUUAUCGUUGGCUGAAGUGAAGGGGUACGAGACGAUUGUACAGAUGCUAAAAAGGCAAAGGUGA